AUGAACGAUGUCCAAGCUGACCAGCCUGCCUCUCCCCGACCUCGAAGGCCAACACGGUCGAUUCCACACGAACCUCCCAAUGAAGAUGUAGCGACACUCGUUUCAUCCCCGACAACAGAACAACCGCCUUCCACGAUAGACCUGACUCCCCUACGCGCCCACUAUCUAAAGAAAUCGUUAAUCCAGCUUCAAUUCAACCAGGAAUUGGACGCCAUUACAUCACCCACAUCGAAUAAUGUCUCAACCCUCUCAUACCUAGGCCCGCCAUUUGCCUCACCACCGAAAAAUGCACCAAUGCUCGACCUUCCUUUUCUCCGAUAUAUCUUUCGCCAGUUUGUACUCACCUUCCCGUUCAUGGCGUCUGCCCCAAAAGACUUCUACGCCGAGAAGCUCCAGCCAUUCGUUGGAUCAGCUCUAUCCCGAAACAUCUCACCGACAUCGGUUUUUGACGAUGGGUCAGAAACAGAGCAGGCAUUGCGGCUCAGACUUCUCGCAAAGGCAGAACGCAAUCUCUCACUCUUCUUUAGUGCCGCAACCAAGCUUGCUGAGCCAGAAGAGGUUGUCCGAUUAUCUCAAGCUGACCUGGAUCGGCUAGAAGCGGCCGCCGCCAAGAGACAAGCCAAAAUGGCGGAAACAGUCAAGGACUAUUUUGAAGUCAACAUUGUCAGUGUGCGCGCUGUGGUGGACAAGGGCCGCGUGAGGAGUCGAGUACACGAGGAAUUUAUCGUCCGGACUCGACGUUCAAAUUUUCCAGAUGUCUUUGUUUCUCGCAGAUAUGGAGACUUUCGGGCACUGGCGUUGGAACUUCGCAAAGCACAUCCAGCGGAAGAUAUUCGAUCACCUCCAGUGAAAGACAGGACAACUGUCAGCGCCCCAGCCUCUGCUGCGUCUCCCCUUAGUCCUGCUCCCACUCUGUCCCGUCAAUCAACAUGGGAUGGCCCUAGUUCGCCCCAGCCACAGACGCAAGCUCAUCAGAACUCCCGGAUGGCGCGGGAAAAGAACCGUCUCACUCUCAGAGCCUAUCUGCACGGCCUACUCGCCAACUACACCAUCGCCUCUUCACCAGUUUUGCGUUCUUUUCUACUCUCCGGCCCAACUACCCUUAAUCGUGACGAGGUUGAGGAUGCAGUCCGGAGAGAAGAAGCUGACAGAGUCAGGGACGAUGGGAGGAAACAAUUCGCUCGGGAAAUUGCCAGUCGUGUUGAUGGGCUGCGCGAGGCAGUGAAAAGUGUUAGAGGUGAUAUCAUGGGCAAAGACGGCUUGACACAAAUAUUUGCGACCGUGAAGGUGACACCAAAUGUCCGGGACUUGCCUCCUAACUACAGGGCAGUCUUAGAGUGGGCCAGAAUGUCUCUGGCUUCCACCAUAUUCCACACUUUUGUCGCUUCGGACAGUGCAUCGGAGACAUUCUCGAGCCUCAAGCGCAUACACGGUCUUAUGCCAUACCUUCUGCUGAAAGCAGCAAUGAGGAUAAGCAACCCCAUUGCGAUGAUUAGAAGUGUAUUGGACCUUUUUCUCGCUCAGCCGUUUGGUGGUCGCAGUUUACUGCAACGAAUGUUCACUGGUUCGUUAACAGAAGAAGUCCGUGCUCUGGAGGAAGAAAUUGAAGCGGUCAAAGCUAAAGUUGAUGACCCAAUGAUCUGCGAGAAAAUUCGACAGUUUGUUUAUGCUCCCCGCGAAAUUCAGGAUAUGCUAAGAGCUGAUGCAGCGGCAGAAAACAUGGACUUGAUCACCAUAGUACUGCGCGCAGCUGACCCGCCUUUCCUGUCACGAGCACAAAUGCACCGAGUUGCUAAAGGACAUCGCGCCCAUCAAGUCUAUCUGAGACAUCGCGAAACCCUAGUCGACUCUGACGACGACGAUGGGCCUCAGGAUGAGGAUGGAUGGCUCUUUGAGGAUCUCAAGGUUCUAGCUAAUCUUUAUUCAAGACUGAGAGACCGAGAGCAACUGAUUGAACUACUUUUCGAGGGCUCGACAUCCGAGUUGCUGAAAGACAUUAUCACUAUUUUUUACACUCCUCUCGCCCAGGUCUAUCGAGCAGCCAGCAUCGCAGACUCAUUGGGCGAUCUGCAAAGCUUCAUCAAUGAUCUAAUCAAAACCGUUGAGCAAAGCGAAGAUCUUUCUCAAGAGGAUCCACACCGGACAGUCCAAGCUUUCGUUAAUCUUGUCGAGCGCCACGAACAGUCGUUUUACCACUUUGUCCACAAAGUGCACUCCAAGGGCGAAGGGCUAUUUGACAGUCUCAUGCGAUGGAUCGAGCUCUUUCUCACUGUUGUCCGUGAGGGCCUCGGUGGCCCAGUCAGCCUUGAAUUCCUCCUUCCCCAUACUGGCCCGGAACGCCAAAAGAUAUUGGCCGAAGUUGAUCAAGUUGCGCUUUACCACUACAAGCUCAAGGUCCUCUAUGAAGACAAGCUGCGCAGACGGUUUGGUCGGACCAAGGCAGGCAAAUUGCAGAGCGAUGCCGACGCCGAGGAUGAGGCCACCAAGGCUCUGGUAGAUGGGGUCGCACAGGAAAUAAACUUCGGCGAACUGAUCUCUGGUGAUGCUGUUGAUCUUGCUGCCGAAGAGACCGACGAGGAGGAAAGUGACGAGUCAAGCGAGGAUGAAACCUCAUCAGAAGAUAGUGAUGAGAGCAGCGAGGAGAGCAGCGAUGAAGAAGAUACUGCGACUGAUAAGACACCAGUCGCAACACCACGGCCAACACCGCAGCGAUUGAAGGCACUGCCACAGGCACCUGUGUCUUCACCAAUGUCUGCCCGCCCUCGCAAUCAGGCACCAACACCCACACCUCCUCAGCAGCCUGGCCGGCAGCGGUCACUGUCGCUCAAGAGUUCACGCUCAUUGACGUUUUUGAGAGAACAGUUUGGUCAGGUGCGGCGCAGCGAGGACUCUCCGCCAGUCCCUCCUCUUCCGAAAUCACUCGUCGCAGCGAUGAAUAAGCCAUUGCCUGCCAGUCCUUCUCCGAUGUCUCCUGCUCAUCAAUUUGCACCGCCGCCAGCUCCUCCUCCCACCAAACCAUUGCCGCCAAAGCGGAAGGCAAGGAAGCGACGCAAUGAAGUGGUCAAACCUCCAGAACUAGAACACAUUCCACAAUUAUUAUCCAUCUUCAAGGAAAUGAUGCGCCCACAUUUAGCUCCCCGACAAAGGACCAACUAA